UAAAUAAAAAUCGAGUGUAAGUUUGAAACCAGGUAUUCUUUCUCCUGGAAGCUAAUGAAUUUGGGGAAAAGCGGUCUUGCCCUUUUGCUCUCCGUCUCAACACUCCCCCCCCUAACCCCAAGUACCGUCUCUAUUUCUUUUCUUGAUUGUUGUCAUAUAUUAAUCGUUUGGCAUGGAAACAAAGGUUCUUUCCACUGGAAUUCGCUACACUAACUUGCCAGAAAGUUAUGUGAGACCGGAAUCUGAGCGUCCCCGCUUGUCUGAAGUCUUGGAAUGCGAAAACGUCCCUGUCAUCGACUUGGGGUGUAAGGACAGAAGCCAAAUUACACAACAAAUUGCUCUUGCCUGCACUUUCUAUGGAUUUUUUCAGGUUAUUAAUCACGGAGUUUCCAAAGAAGCAACGGAAGGAAUGUUCCAAGUGGCGCAUGACUUCUUCGGGCUGCCGGUGGAGGAGAAACUGAAGCUCUACUCGGAUGACCCUUCCAAGACAAUGAGACUUUCUACCAGUUUUAAUGUGAAUAAGGAGAAGGUUCACAACUGGAGGGAUUAUCUACGACUGCACUGCUAUCCUCUCCACAAGUAUGUUCCCGAGUGGCCCUCUAAUCCUUCUUCCUUCAAGGAAAUUGUGAGCCAUUAUUGUGUAGAAGUUCGAGAACUUGGGCAUAGGUUACAAGAAUUAAUAUCAGAGAGCUUAGGCCUGGACAAAGAUUACAUAAAGAACGUUUUGGGGGAGCAAGGGCAGCAUAUGGCUGUGAACUAUUAUCCGCCAUGUCCGCAGCCAGAGCUGACUUAUGGAUUGCCAGGACAUACAGACCCCAAUGCUCUUACAAUUUUACUUCAAGACUUGCAAGUCGCGGGCCUUCAAGUACUCAAAGACGGCAAAUGGGUUGCAGUUAAUCCCCACCCAAAUGCUUUUGUCAUUAACAUUGGUGACCAAUUACAGGCAUUGAGUAAUGGGAAGUACAAGAGCGUGUGGCAUCGAGCCAUUGUGAAUGCUGAUAAGCCAAGGAUGUCUGUUGCUUCCUUUCUCUGCCCAUAUGACCAUGCCUUGAUCAGCCCUGCAAAACCUCUUACAGAAGAUGGAUCUGGAGCCGUAUACAGGGAUUUUACUUAUGCAGAAUAUUACAGUAAGUUUUGGAGCAGGAACCUGGACCAAGAACAUUGUUUGGAACUUUUCAAGAACUAAUACCAGCUCACCGUCUGGUUGAUCUUCGGUACUUAUUCUAUCAUUUUGUCGACUUGUCAGGAUCAACUGCCUGCUUGCUGGCAGUUACAGGCGUUGGUUUUAUAUUACCAAAAUGCAUAAUUAACUGCAGCAUCAGUAGAACUCCCCUUUAUUAUUCAUGGCAGUGUGCCAUUUUUUAAUGCAGCAUACUGCCAUAUGCUGGUAGCCUACCGUAACAUAUCCAUUUGUAGAACUUCCAAAUUUCUGCUGAUUGUGGUUUGAUUAUUGGUCCACAAAGAAGCAUGGGAUUAUUUUGUACUGAUGUUGCACUUCCCUAUAUUAUUGUAUUCCAGCAUGCAGGACAAUCUUAUCCGUCGUAAAGUGGUCUUAUGCAGGACAAUGUUAUGUGUAAUGAAAUGGUUCUUGCUGUUUGUGAAUGUAA